UAUUGGCCCUGUCCGAGGGCAACAAUAUUUGCUCUUCGGAGUGUCUGUGCAGUGGGUUCAGGGAGUCUCAGUACACGGUAGGGCAAAGGCUGAAUCAUCACGUGCCACGUGGAGGGAGCAUGAUUGCAGGCGUGAUUGGUUGGCUGGUUGAUGGGACGAUCGUUUGACCGGCGCAAGAUGUCGAACACCAAUGAACGGCAGGUAACGUGUGCACUUAGCAAAGGCCAACGGCGAGCGAUUAUGAGUGACCCUUAGGUACGCCAGAAGCCGAGAUGACCGCGGAAGGGGUCGUGUGUUGUCGUAGAUGGGGGAAUGUGCUCUUGUGUCGGAAGCGGAAAACUGAUAAACGAGUAGGGGUUUAGCAUAGCGAUUUAUUCUUGUCGUUGUGGUCAUCGAUCGAUCUAUCGACCAAGUCGAUCGCUGGAGAAACAACGGGAGAGUAGAGAGCACAAUGUUUGGGGGUUUGUAUGGCGAUCUUCCACCCCCCUCAUCAAAUGCUGAAGCGGGGGGUGGGAGAGGCGGCGAUGGUGCGGCGCCUACAGGCUGGUCAACGGUGAACAAGUGGUCGUCGAGCACGAUCCUUGCCCCGCCGACGGUGAGAAAACCAUCGCUGUUUGCGCCGCCGACUUCCGUUCUCCGUGCGCAAGGGGGCGGCGGAGCCGCCGCCGCCCCUUCAGCGAAACCCAAAACCCUAAUUAGCAGUACGACUCCUAGCGCGGGGGGUGCGCUUGACACGGGAUCUUCUGGCCGAUGGAGCGGAAAUGCAGAGGACGAUGAUGACAGGGGAGGGGCUGGUUCACGUACAGGAGGAGCAGGUGGUAUUGUCUCCGCGGAUUAUGGCGGGCCGGACACACUGGGCAAUCAUGACGUCAACGUUGUUCUUCCCCCGAGUGUUCCCGCGCUUGUGGGGGUAAGCGCAGCUGUGGUCGAUGAGUACGACCCAGCUCGUCCUAAUGAUUACGACGAGUAUUGCAGAGAGAGAAGGCGGCGAAAGAUGGAAGAGGAGAUGAGGAAGGAAAUGGAGAGAAGGCAGAAGGAAGAGGAGGAGAGAGAAAGGGAGAGGGAGGCCCUGCUGCAGCGUCAGAGGGAGAGAGACCUAGAAAGGGAGGUGGAGCGCGAGAGCGAGAGGGAUGGUGACUCCGAGCAGGCGCGCGCUCUGCUUCACAUCAGCGGGGAAGAAGCGUGGAGGAGGCGGGCCAUGCUUAGCGCUGGAAAGUCGGCUCCCGGCGACUUGUCCAGAUCCCCGCCUCGUCCAGGUCGGGAUGAUCCAGGGCGAUCUGGUGGAAUACUCGGCAGCGCGGGCAACGGUUCUCCUGCUGUAGGAGGUGGCAUGAGUGCCGCUCAACGUAUCAUGCAGAAAAUGGGUUGGAAAGAGGGAAUGGGCCUGGGAAAGGCUGAGCAGGGAAUCACAACACCAUUGCUAGCGAGGAAGACAGACAGACGCAGUGGUGUGAUUGUCAAUGCAAGCGAGCAACGUAUUCUGACGGCGGCGGGAACGACGGAGAGGAAGGCAAGGGCAGGAGUUGCAGUGGCCGGUCCACCGACAAGAGUUCUGCUCCUGCGGAACAUGGUCGGGCCAGGCGAAGUAGACGAUGAGCUAGAGGACGAGGUUGCAGGGGAAUGCACAAAGUAUGGACCCGUCGUGAAGGUCCUGAUUUUCGAAAUAACAGAGCCUAACUUUCCGCCAACUGAGGCUGUGCGAAUUUUCGUCCUCUUUGAGAGGACUGAGCAUGCAAUGAAGGGUCUGAUUGACCUAGAUGGGCGGUUCUUUGGUGGUAGAGUUGUAAGGGCAAGCUUCUACGAUGAGGACAAGUUUUUGUCGAAUCAGUUAGCACCGUCCCAGGAUGAGCUAGCAGCAGGUGUACUCGGUGCCUGCCCAUAGAAAGCCUACAUAGUUGACACUUAACCGACACUGAACGACCCUUAGCCGACACUGUGGUGGCACUGUACUGGCACUGGUAGCCGCCACUGAGGUGGCACUGAGGUGGUACUGAGCUGGCACUGACCGUACAGUUAGGCGACACUGAGCAGACAGUUAGCAGAUACUGAGCCCCAGCACUGAGCUGACAUUGAACGGACUUUGAGCAGACGCUGAGCCGAAGCUGAGCAGACACGCAAAAGAGAGACAGUGAGCAGUAGUCUUGUCUUGUUUUGUGUGCUUGCGACACUUGUGGCACGUGAAAUGUCCUGAGUGCUGUUCGGGGACUGUUGCUUUCAGCAGAUGUUAAGUGCGUUUGCACUUUCCUGUGCCUGUCCUGAGGUGCCUUCUUUAUCCCUCCCGACAUGCUACUACUGACAGACAAGCCGUGUAUCCGUCCUCACAUGCCACUAAGCCAGACACUUAGCCGAUACUGGGCCCCAACACUGAGCCCUCCCUGACACUGAGACGGAACUGAGCAGGCUCUAAGCAGUAUUCUUGUUCCGUGUGCUUGUGACACUUGUUGCACGUAAGAGUACUGAGCGUUGUCUGGGCCCUACCACUCUCAGCAGAUGUCAAGUGCGUUUUCCCUUUCCUGUGCCUGUCCUGAGGUGCUAUCUGUCUCUCUCCUGACAUGCUACUGAUAGCAAGGAAACCCAUGUAUCACGACGUGUUCUAGGAGCUGUUUUAAACACCACCUUUGCAGUACUACUUCUUAGCAGGUACCGCGUCGGGCUGUUUUGGCUGUGCCAGCAGUUGUUCAAAAUCUGCGCAAAAUGGAGUUGGCAACCUUCAUUUUCAUGAUGCCAUGGCUUGGCUACUCAUCUGGACGUUUGCCCUUUGUGCACGCCUGGGCCUUUAGAUGCGAUCUCAUUCAAAGGCCCGGAUUCCAAUUUAUCACCCACUUUCCUCUCGCUGGUAAGGUUUGGCGAAGAGGGGAUUUCAGCUUGCUACGGACAGGUACCUGCCUCCCACUGCUGCUUGCCAUCCGCUGCUAUUUUCAAGCCAGAGUGUGCAGGGUUCUUAGGGUGGUGCACCUGACGUAUCAUGUGUUUGUUUUGUGGGGUCGUGCCGUAUUGAAGUCGAAGCGAUAAGAGUCGUGUACGUAAAUGAUGUCUGCAUCAUGAGGAAUCAGUAUGCGUGCCAUUGUACUGGCUCUGCCGCUACGUCAAAAACCGUGGAAAGGAAACCAGGCCGUGAAGCGGCAACAUCCAGCAUCAGAGGCACACUGCCUGGCGAGUUCCAAGGAAACCAGGCCGUGAAGCGGCAACAUCCAGCAUCAGAGGUACACUGCCUAGGGUCUCGCCGCACGGCACAACUAACGAUCACCAGAGUCGUGAGGCCUCACGAAGCCCUGAUCCACUGUUUCGCUUCGUUUUUUGCCUCACCGGCCCACAGCACACACGUAAACUCUAGCGAAGCCCCACAGCACACACGAAAACUCUAGCGACAACGCCCUGGCGACAGCAGUGGGGGAUUCGUUUCGCUACAGUCCAAAUUUGUGGACGCUACGGUCCGAGUUCUUGGAUGGACUUCGGUUGGAGCGAUGCAGCACACUCGUGAGAUUUCGCAGCUCCUCCAGCCUACCAGCGGAGGACCUACGAGUUCGUGAGGGCUGCAGGCAGGGAGGAGUUGGCACACUCGUGAGGCCUCGCGAACUUGGAGGCUGGCAGCAUUCACGAGUUUUUUCUGACACAGUUCGUGUGGGUGCUAUGCGGCGACGACUUCACGAACCGAAGUCGUUUUUUUUUCCAGCAAUGCGGUUUUUAUUACUUUUUAACUUUUUGUUACAUAAUAUUUCAACGUUUUCUUGAUCUUGUCCGGAUGGAUACACACAGGUGGUGUGGAAAGCUUCCCGACGCCGAGGUGUGUGGGGUGGGGCUGUAAAGGUUGUGGAAACUUCCUAUGCUGGGGUGUGCAGUGUUGUAAAAAUUCUCCUGUCAUUUUCUCUACAUGGCACGGCAGAGCCAUCUGCAGGUUCACGUUUUGGUUGACCAUCACAUAAAAGGCUGAGAUCUGAGAGAGUUAAAGCUGGCGGCUCAUUUCGCUUAGUCACUUGGGAUUGGUGAGUGCAUUUUUUUUUAUGCCUUGUGAAGAAUCGUAGGCAGUUUAACGCCUUUUGAAGAACCAUAGGCAGUUUAAACCACUACCAUACACGGCCCCAGCCUUGCAGUCCGAAACUUGUUGCCGAGGCCGAAACGUCAAAUGCUGGGCCCGCCUUUGAUACCGAAAUGUCAAACGCUGGGCCCGCCCUUGAUAUAUUUGAUCGACGGUUGCGUUUUCGUUUUGCGCCUCCAGAAUUUGAGGUGUCAGGCCUGCGGCCCAGGUGCCCUUGUACUGGUGCUUUAACGCCGUCUGAAGAAUCGUAGGCAGUUUUAACGCCUUUUGAAGGGCAGUUCGAUGCCUUUUGAAGCACCGUAGGCAUUUACAUUGAAUUCGAAGAAGUUACUACGCAGGAUUCCCGGAAGACGACAAUGGAAUAGUAUUUUGAAGUAGGUUUGGGACUGUCCUGCAUUGUCACUUAUAAUAGAGUUAUUGUUAUCCUUUUCCACCCGUGCACAGAUGGAAUUUGUUUCUUGAAAGUUUGGACUCUGUUUUACUUCUCUUCGUACAGUGCUGUGCCGUGGCUAGGAUGGUUGAUGGCAGUGUUCUGAGUGGGAAUGGCCGAGUAUCACGUGGUGGUUGAGGGUGCCGCCCACGGGGCUAUGAGGCCUCUUGUUGGCACGAGGAUACUGAUACCUCUCUGGCUGGCAGUGGUGGAUAUAUAAGAGGUCCUCUGGCCGGUAGUGGUCGGCAUGUACGAGGAUGAUAGGUCAGGUUGCAUAUCGAGGUUCUUUCUUGGGGAGGUGAGCUCUGCAGCACAGUGGGUGAGAAUGGCUGCAUUGUAUUCCUGAAG